AUGAGGCUCGUGCACCCAAUAUACAAGGCUACAAACUCAUUCAUCUGCCACGUCCAACUGAAGUCCGCUCCCGUGGUGGGGGUGUGGGAUUCUAUGUUAAACGAGGAUUUAGAGUCCGUGCUGCUAUCGAGCUGCUUGAUAGAGAUCUCAUGUCGACCGUCAAAUACAGACGCUGCGAUUCAAUACAUACCCUUCUACGGUGGAGCAAAAGGACAAUAUUUAGAAGUUAAGAAAGAUACAAAAGGAGCUGUUCUCAGCGAAAAAGUCGUAGCAGAAGAAAGUAUAAGUAGCGAAAACAUUUUGAAAAAUACCGAUGAAAACCUACUUUCUAAAGUGCUAGCAGCUAAUUUACAGAAUCUGAGAUCACUAUCUAGCAAUCUAUUAAAAAUACAAAAUUUAGGAAGAAAAACUGGCACGUUAGGAAAUCAGGAAAGGCUAAGAUUCAAAAAUCAACUGUUUUCACUUGGUGAAGCUGCUUCUAAUACAAUUAAGUUGAUAGAUGAAAUUGGUGAAGACGUUGAUGUAUUAUUUAAAAGAAACGCUACGCUUUUAAGACAAUAUGGUGGGAGCGACGAAGAAGACGUGGGCGAAGAAGGCAUCAGCAUUGACUCUUCAGAUUCUGGCGAAACAUAUGACCACAGUCUCAUCGCUGAAGCCAAUCCUGUCGGUCUAGCAGUAGUUGGAGAGAAUGGUUUGGCAGCGUCCCGUCCGAUGGCGACAGCUGUGGUCAGUUCUGGUGUUGCCAUCGCAAAUCCGAUCAGCACAGCCAUAGCCGGAUAUGACCCCACAUACCUCGGCAUUAACUACAAUGCCCAUCAGCAAAAGUCGCACAAAAUAAAUGGAAAAUCAUACUGA